AUGGCCGCCUCCGAUCUCCGCAUCGAGCUCGCCGACUCCGCCGAGGACAUCGAGCGCGGGUUCCACUGCGCCUGCGAGACCUUUGGUCGCCAGACCGCGGACGGCAUAUGGAUCGCCAUGAACCCCGGCUGGGACACCCCUGCCGGUUACGAGAGGGGCGUCAAGGGCAUGACCGAGCGCUGGCGCGGGGUCGCCAACGACCUCGACGGGAACCCCACCAUCGCCUUCGUCAAGGCCACCCUACCCGAUCCGGAACGGGACGGCGCCCGGGUCGCCGUCGGCAUGGCUAUUUGGGUGCAGGCUUCCGUCGUCGAGGGCCGCGGUCUGCCGCCCAUUGAAGACUUUAGCCUCGCUACCGACCUCAACGCGCUGUAUCCUGACAACCCUGCGGAGCAAACGCCGGGGAUUGCUUCCAAGUUGGUGCAGUGGGGCUUGGACGAGGCAAAGAGGAGGGGAGGACUAGAAGCCAUCACCGAAGCUUCCUCCAUGGGACGGCACGUGUACAACCGUCUAGGGUUCCAGCAAGAGGGCCCAGAGAUUGAAUACAUUGUCGAUGAGCAGUUCAAGGAUCGACAGCGACCCUCCAACAUCUUUAUGCGCACCGGAGUAAAUGUGCCGGGCGCAAGAUCAUCAGGCGUGACGUCGCCAUCGUGGGAGGGUGCGUCGGGCGCGCACGCCGCGGUUCUCCUCAAGGAAGAUUUCGGUGCGAGCAUCGUCGUUGUCGAGAAACAGGGCCGUUUGGGAGGACACGUCGCAACGCACGUGGACGAUAAGGGCAGCCUCUACGAGUACGGCGUGCAAUCGUUCCUCGAUUACGGCGAAGCGCUGUCUUUCUUUGCCCGAUUCAACGUGACCACUGGUACCCCGCGCGCGGUACUGGGACUUCCCCGCCCGGAGGACAUUCCGGAAGAUCUCUUGCUGCCUUUUGGCGAAUUUGCCAAAAAGUACAAUCUGGAUGCUGCCAUGCCACAAAUGUUCCAGGUUCCCGGCCCAGGAGUUCCCGAAUGGGUAGACGGCCUUACUCUCCAUGUGCUGCAGGUAUUUGGCGCGCCCAUGGCAAGGGCGCUCAGUGGCAAGGUUGCUGGUUUCGCACCGACGUCCCACAACAACACCGAACUCUACGGCAGGAUCGGGUCCUCUUUGGGCAAAGACGUUCUUUACUCUAGCGUCAUUAUCGAUGCCAAGCGAGACGACGACGGAGUUGAGCUCGUGGCGCGAUCAGAGAGCGGGGAGGAAUACGUCAUCAUCGCAAAGAAACUGCUCAUCGCCUUCGAGCCCACGCUCGACGUUCUCGAGCCUUUUGACUUGGAUGACGAUGAGGCUGGUAUUUUGGCAAAUUCCAGCACUCCAGAGUCUACGCCGGUAUCCUACUACAACUUCCCGAAAUCGCCCAUCCUCGCCCGGUUCGAUUACAUGGGCUCUGACUCGGACUACUUUCGGGUUUUGAUCACGGGAGAUGAAGGGUUCGAGGAGGCGGACGCCAAGGCUCUGGUGCGCGAUAGCAUCGCGAACCUGAUUGAGGGCGGCGCGCUUCCCGACGGAAACGUGGAUGACUUGGAAUUCGUCGCUUUUGUAGACCACGGACCCAUGCAUCUUAGGGCAAGCUCCGAGGCCCUCCAGGCUGGCUUCAUCCAGGACCAGUAUGCCCUCCAGGGACACCGAUCUACGUGGUAUACCGGGGCCGCUUGGUCCGUCCAGUUCACCACCAUCCUCUGGGCUUUCAACGAUAUCUUGCUGCCAAAGAUUGUGCAGGGUCUCGAGUGA